ACAGUCAACAUAGCAGAGUCACAGACGGAACAAGUGUGAAAGCCCCGCGCGGCUUUAUCCAACUCCUAGUCCGUAGCCCUGGCUCCCCCUCUGCCUCCUACCCUACGAGCUCCCCCUAGCUAGCUCCCCACCACCACCUCCUAUAGCCACCCAUGGCCAUCACCACCAUGUGUCGCCACCCCACCUCCACUCCCCACUUCCCACCCACUCCGCUUCCCGGCCCCCCAUUAAACGCCCGUGAGCUAGCACGCGAUCCCCUACCCACCACCGGGCGACGUGCUCCGUCUCCAUCACUCCUCCUCGACCGUUGCUCCGUGUCCGCGGAGAGGCGCUGCGUCCUCACCUGACGGCGGCCAUGAUAGGCAUCGACCUCAACACCGUGGAGGACGAGGAGGAGGGCGGUCCCUCGGCUGAGCCCCCGAGGGGCACGGUGUGCCUAGAGCUGUGGCACGCGUGCGCCGGCCCCGUGGGGCCGCUGCCUCGGAAGGGCAGCGCCGUCGUGUACCUGCCGGAGGGCCACCUCGAGCACACCCGGGAGGCGGUGGCCGCGGUGCCGCCCCAUGUGUUCUGCCGAGUUGUCGAUGUCAAUCUCCAGGCGGACCCAGCUACGGACGAGGUUUACGCGCAAGUUUCUCUCGUGGUCGACAACGAGGAAGCCAAGAGGCGGAUGCGCCAAGGGGAGAGCGAGGAAGCUUGCGACGGUGACGGCGAGGACACCGGUGCCGCGAAGCGCCGAGCGCGCAUGCCCCACAUGUUCUGCAAGACGCUCACGGCUUCCGACACCAGCACGCACGGGGGCUUCUCCGUGCCGCGCCGUGCCGCUGAGGACUGCUUCCCGCCUCUGGAUUACAACCUGCAGAGGCCGUCCCAGGAGCUUGUGGCCAAGGAUCUGCACGGCACCGAGUGGAGGUUCCGACAUAUCUAUCGAGGCCAGCCACGGAGGCACCUUUUAACCACUGGAUGGAGUGCAUUCGUCAACAAAAAGAAGCUUGUCUCUGGGGAUGCAGUGCUGUUCCUCCGAGGUGAAGAUGGAGUGCUCCAAUUGGGAGUGCGCCGAGCUGCUCAGCUAAAAAAUGUAUCUCCUUUUCCUGCACUUUUUAACCAGGAUUCAAGUCUUCGUAGUCUCGGUAAUGUUGCCCAUGCUGUGGCUAUGCAAAGUAUUUUUCACAUCUACUACAAUCCCAGGUUAUGUGAGUCUGAGUUCAUUGUACCAUAUUGGAAGUUCAUGAGAAGCUUCAGUCAACCUUUUUCUGUUGGAAUGAGGUUUAAAAUGAAAUAUGAAAAUGAAGAUGCUUCAGAAAGAAGGUCAACUGGGAUGAUAACUGGGAGCAGAGAGUCAGACCUGAAGUCGCAUGGUUCGAAGUGGAAAUGUUUGGUGGUGAGAUGGGAUGAUGAUGUAGAGUGCCGUCGCCCUAAUAGGGUAUCUCCUUGGGAGAUUGAACUUGCUGGAUCGGUUUCGGGAUCUCAUCUGUCCUCUCCCCAUUCAAAACGGCUGAAGCCAUGCCUCCCCCAAGUUAAUCCAGACAUGUUGCUUCCAACCAUUUUGGCAGGUGGAAGUGUUUCUUCGGAUUUUGCGGAAUCUGCCAGAUUCCACAAGGUCUUGCAAGGUCAAGAAUUAUUGGGUUCUAAAGCCCAUGAUGGUACUGUUAAUUCAGCUUCUGAGGCUUCUCAGGCGUCUGAAGCAAGAAAUUUUCAGUACAGUGAUGAUCGGAAUUGCUCUAUCAACAUGUGUAACAUUCCAGGGGUUCCAGGACUUGGUGCUAGAACCCCGCCUGAAAACCAUGGAUUUUCCUACCACUGCUCAGGCUUUGGGGAGUCUCAAAGAUUCCAAAAGGUCUUGCAAGGUCAAGAAGUGUUUCGUCCUUAUGAAGGAGGAACUUUGUCUGAUGCUGUUAUAAGAGGUUCUAGCUUCUGUCAACCUGAUGGCAACUAUACAUCUGGUGCAACAUAUAAAUGGCUUAUGUCACAGGGAUGCGAUUAUCGUGGGCCAGUAACACCAGCAAUGCCUCAAGCAUCCUCUCCAUUAUCUGUGCUAAUGUUCCCUCAAACUAGUUCCAAGAUACAUGGCUUUGAAUACGUAUGCAGAAGCCUGGAUAAGGAUGAUAAUAUUAGACAUGUUACUAUCAACGCCACUCAAGAUAUGGGAAGAACCAGUCAUACAUUACCUCUCUGGCCUCGUCUUGUUUCAGGCAAAGCAGUAGCUAGUUGUGCUGGAACUAAAAAGUUGCCCUCCAUCGGCAGUGCAGAGCAUGAACCAAAUGACAAGGAUGUUCACACAAAUGGCUGCAAAAUCUUUGGUAUCUCUUUGACUCAGAAGGUUCGAGUAUGCGAUGAAGUGGAAUGUAGCAGUGCGAAUUGUGAUUUUCAGCUCCAGCCUUUAAAGCCACAAAUGUCAAAAUCACGAGGCAACAGUUGUGCUACUGUUCAUGAGCAAAGGCCUGCUGUUGGCAUGGUGGUUGACCUUUCUGCGGUUGAUACGAUGAUCUGAUUCGUCUAACUGUGUCCUGGGAGGAGAAGCGGGGCCUACAGCAGGAUUCAUGUUAGUGAUGUGAUACUCAAUGACGCAAAACUUCCACCUGGUUAUUUCAUCCUAUGUGCACAGUUGGCACCGAGUUCAGUAAACACAUCAUGGUUGAUGAGUUGCUGAUGCUUAUCAAAUUUGUAAUGCACUUCUAGAAUUUGAUUUGUUAUAACAUCUAUCUGAAGCUCUCUUUUGAAUCAUCAUUUAUGUUGUACGAGCUGCUAGUGUGUUUUUAAGCUGCAUGGUAUGUUAUGACUUGUUUGUACUAGCACGAUUUAAUUUCGAAGAACAGAUGUAGUUCUUGUUUGAAUUAGCACCAUUUAUUACAAAGUACUCUAUAAUGUGUAUUUUUUUGAAGUUAAUUUUCUGUA